AUGGAGUUUGAGGAUACGUGGAGGGAGAUGAUUGAAACGUAUGAGUUAGAGAAUCACAGCUGGUUUUCAGGUAUUUAUAGGCUUCGUAGUAGGUGGGCGACUAUUUUCACAAGAGGCAUUUUCACAGCAGGACUAUUGGCAACAUUACAGAGUGAGUCUAUGAAUAGGGUUUUGAAAGACGUAUGUCGCGCCAGUUUGUCUUUAUUUGAGUUUGUCAAAGAGUACAAAGCUAUUCAAUCCAGGUGGCGAGUUAAAGAACGGGAGGAAGACACGCAUUGUAUAUUUCUACCUGGCCAAUUUGUUGAAGGCAACGAGUUAGCGAAACAGGUCGCUAUUGUGUACACACGAACUGUAUACAAAAUAUUCGAGGGCGAAAUGACGCAUUCUUUCAAUGUUAUUCUGAAUGAAGUUCUUGAGGAAGUUGGGUCGAAGUUGUUGUAUUCUGAUGCUUCAGCUGUUUCUGAGUCGUGUGUAAGGAAUAUUACAUUUGAUCUGAUAAAUAACCAUGCUUGCUGCACUUAUGCAAAGCUACGAACAUCUUUCCCGGCUAAUGAAGCAAUGGAUGGUGAUAUAAUGGAGUACAUGCUCUUUGUCAACCAAUGUAUGCGUCAGGUGUAUGAUAUAGCUACAUCCACUAAGGAUUGGAUGCUGCUCGAGCAUUGA